AGAGGGCCGCCGAAGCACGUUAAACCAGAGAUUCCAGAAACGUCGCGAGGAUACAGCUCCGAGCCAUUGCUCCUGAAGCAGGCAACAACCGAUCAACCUCGUCUCAAACUGCAAUCGAAUCAAACCGGAGAAGAAAAUGGCGGUGAUCGAACCCGAAUCCGAACCGGAGAAGGUCGCCGAGGAAACUUUGGACGCCGCCAAAGCAUCCACCAGCCAUCCGACGGUUAAUGCGGACUCCGACGGCUUCGAGACCGCCAGCGAAGGCGAUGUCGACGCCGACGACGCCGACGACGCCGAUGACGCCGCUGGCGACGGCGGCGGCGGCGCUGACCUAAAUCAGCACCAGGAACCGCGAGAAGGGAUCGAUGCCGCGGUGGAACAAUCGACGUCUCGAAAGGACGAUUCUCAAAUUGACGCCGCGGACGAUGAGUCGAAUCAGCAGAUAGCCUUAGCACAAGCAAAUGAAGCAAAGUUGGAAGGUAACAAACUGUUUGCCGAUAGUCAAUAUGAGGAGGCGUUGUUAAAGUAUGAGCUCGCCUUAAAGGUUGCUCCAGACAUUCCUGCAUCUGUGGAACUAAGAUCAAUAUGUCAUGGCAAUCGUGCCAUAUGUUUCUUGAAAAUGGGUAAUUAUCAAGAUACAAUCAAGGAAUGCAACAGAGCAUUAGAACUGAACUCUACAUAUAUGAAAGCAUUGGUCAGGAGAAGUGAAGCUCAUGAGAAGCUAGAAAAUUACGAAGAAGCUCUUGCUGAUAACAAAAAGAUUUUGGAAUUGGACCCUUCAAACAACCAAGCUAAGAAGACCAUUCUCCACUUGGAGCCACUUGCUGCGGAAAAAAGAGAGAAGAUGAAGGAAGAAAUGAUUGGGAAGCUGAAAGAGAUGGGGAACUCCGUGUUGGGCCGGUUUGGGAUGAGCGUUGACAACUUCAAAGCUGUUAAAGAUCCAAACACUGGCUCAUACUCAAUCUCGUUCCAACGCUAGGCCAGUUUUUGGUGAUUAGUAACGGUAUCUUUUUCAUCUUAGAAGCCAGUGGAGAUGAAGGAGGCCAAGAAGUAUGAUAUAUGGGAGGUGAUCCUUGCCUAAAAUGGACCAAACAGCCACUUCAACCGGGCAAAAGAACAAAAGGACAGCUACUUCAUGUUCUUAAUGAUGAUGAUUUGAGAGGAGACUUAUGUUUUGAGAUAAUAACAUUGCUUAGUGUGAUUGGUUUAUGAAUUCUUUUGUCUCUAUGAUAUUUCAUGAUUUUUAUCAGCGAUCA